GCAAUGUCUUGGAAGGAGAAUGAUGUGGCACCACCAUGGGGCUGCAUCCAAGGCCUGGAUCACCUGGUGAUGACUGUGAAAAGCACUGAAGACACAGCAGCAUUCUACUCUCGGGUUCUUGGCAUGGAAGUGGUCACCUUUAAGGGAAACCGCAAAGCCUUGCAUUUUGGGAACCAGAAAUUUAACCUUCAUGAAGCAGGGAAGGAGUUUGAGCCCAAGGCCCACCAGCCAGUUCCAGGUUCCCUGGACAUCUGCCUCAUAACAGAGAUGCCCCUGGAGCAGUUGAUGGGGCACUUGAAGGCCUGUGGGGUGAAAAUUGAAGAAGGGCCAGUACUCAGAACUGGUGCAGUUGGUCCAAUCACAUCUGUUUACUUUCGAGACCCAGACUGUAACCUGAUUGAGGUCAGCAACUACAGCACUGUUAGAAGAGAGUAACUGUUCUCCUGUGGAUUAGGGCAUAUUCAGCAAUGAAAGGAUUAACACCCUGAUCUCUUUGUAUCCAAAAUUCUGACCUCUGGGGGGAAAGAUCAAAAGGCAUGCCGUGUUUAUCGAGGGCAGACUUCCUUCCUUCCUUC